AUGUUCGUUUACAAGCGAGACGGACGCAAAGAACGCGUGCAGUUCGACAAGAUCACCGCCCGUGUGUCGAGGCUUUGUUAUGGCCUCGACCCGGAUCACGUCGAUGCUGCUGCCAUCACGCAAAAGGUCAUCUCUGGUGUGUACCAGGGUGUUAACACCAUCGAGCUGGACAACUUGGCUGCCGAGACUGCGGCGUACAUGACCGUCACACACCCCGACUACGCCAUCCUGGCCGCCCGUAUCGCUGUUUCCAACCUCCACAAGCAGACCCGGAAGCAAUUCUCCAUGGUCAUUGAGGACCUCUACAACUAUGUCAACCCUAAGAACAACAAGCCCGCUCCUAUGAUCUCCACGGAGAUUUACGAGAUUGUGCAAAAGCACGCAGAGGAGCUUAACUCUGCUAUCGUCUAUGACCGUGAUUUCAACUACAACUACUUCGGCUUCAAGACCCUGGAGCGCUCAUAUCUCCUCCGCAUCAACGGCAGCAUUGCCGAGCGUCCUCAGCACCUGCUGAUGCGUGUUGCUGUGGGUAUUCACGGUAAUGAUAUUGAAAAGGCCAUCGAGACCUACAACUUGAUGUCUCAAAAGUAUUUCACCCACGCUUCCCCUACUCUGUUCAACGCCGCCACCCCGCAGCCCCAGCUGGCCUCUUGCUUCCUGGUUGAUAUGAAGGAGGACAGCAUUGAGGGUAUCUAUGACACUCUCAAGACUUGUGCCAUGAUCUCCAAGACUGCUGGUGGUAUCGGUCUGAACGUCCACCGUAUUCGUGCCACCAAUUCCUACAUUGCUGGAACCAACGGCUCCUCCAACGGUAUCGUUCCCAUGCUUCGGGUCUACAACAACACCGCCCGCUACGUUGACCAGGGUGGUAACAAGCGUCCCGGUGCUUUUGCCAUCUACCUGGAGCCCUGGCACGCGGAUGUCUUCGAGUUCCUUGAUCUCCGCAAGAACCACGGUAAGGAGGAAGUCCGUGCCCGUGAUCUGUUCUAUGCCCUGUGGACUCCCGAUCUCUUCAUGAAGCGUGUCGAGGCCAACGGUGACUGGACCCUGUUCUGCCCUCACGAGGCCCCUGGUCUUGCCGAUGUCUACGGUGAUGAGUUUGACGCUCUGUAUGAGCGCUACGAGAAGGAGGGCCGUGGCCGUAAGACCAUCAAGGCUCAGAAGCUGUGGUAUGCCAUUCUCGAGGCUCAGACCGAGACUGGCAACCCCUUCAUGUUGUACAAGGAUGCUUGCAACAAGAAGAGCAACCAGAAGAACCUGGGUACCAUCCGCAGCUCCAACCUGUGCACUGAGAUUGUCGAGUACAGCGCCCCUGAUGAGGUUGCCGUCUGCAACUUGGCUUCUCUUGCUCUCCCCACCUUCGUUGAUGCUGCUCGUGGCGAGUAUGACUUUGGCAAGCUGCACGAGGUUGUUCAGGUUCUGGUUCGCAACUUGAACAAGAUUAUCGACAUCAACUACUACCCUGUCCCCGAGGCCAAGAAGUCCAACUUCCGUCACCGCCCCAUUGCCCUCGGUGUCAAUGGUCUGGCUGAUGCUUUCCUCGCUCUGCGUCUGCCUUUCGACUCCCCCGAGGCCAAGCAGCUCAACAUUCAGAUCUUCGAGACCAUCUACCACGGUGCUCUCACUGCUUCCGCUGAGAUCGCUGCCAAGCUCGGCCCCUACGAGACCUACCCUGGCUCUCCCGUGUCCCAGGGUAUCCUGCAGUACGACAUGUGGGACCGCACUCCCACUGACCUCUGGGACUGGGCUUCUUUGAAGGCUCGCAUUGCCGAGGUCGGUGUUCGCAACAGUCUGCUGGUGGCUCCCAUGCCCACUGCCAGUACCUCCCAGAUCCUGGGCUUCAACGAGUGCUUCGAGCCCUACACCUCCAACAUCUACUCCCGCCGUGUCCUGGCUGGUGAGUUCCAGGUGGUCAACCCCUGGCUGCUGAAGGACCUGGUCGACCUCGGCCUGUGGUCCGACAACAUGAAGAACCGCAUCAUCGCCGACGGCGGUUCCGUCCAGAACAUCCCCAACAUCCCCGCCGACAUCAAGGCCUUGUACAAGACUGUCUGGGAAAUCUCCCAGCGCUCCAUCCUGCAGAUGGCCGCCGACCGUGGUGCCUUCAUCGACCAGUCUCAGUCUCUCAACAUCCACAUGAAGGAGCCCACCAUGGGCAAGAUCACCUCCAUGCACUUUGCUGGCUGGAAGAUGGGUCUCAAGACCGGCAUGUACUACCUGCGUACCAUGGCCGCCUCCGCUCCUAUCCAGUUCACCGUCGACCAGGAGCAGCUCAAGGUCGAGGACACCAACGUUGCCCGCGCCAACGCUGCGUAUAAGAAGCGUGCCGUUGGUGCUGCGGGUUCCGCCUACUCUGCUGUCCCUCGUUCCAGCAGUUCCGAGGACGCUAUUCCGACCCCCAGCGCAGAGAGCCCUCGCACUCCUGCGCCUACUGCUCCUAUUGUCGUCCCCAUCGUUCAGUCCGAGGAGUCCACCGAGCCUGAGACUGAGGGUAAGUCUGAAGAGGAUAUCUUCUCGGACAAGGUUCUCCAGUGCAGCAUUGAGAACAAGGAGGCUUGCGUUAUGUGCCAGGGUUAA